CUCGAAUUCUCGGCGCACACAACUGUUUGACCAGCCAUGGAGUGCACCCACUGCUGAUGUCGACUCGUGCAUCCCACCAGUUUCUGUUUCGUGCAACUCAGUGUGCUUUCGUUAUCAUAGCGCGAAUGCCGGUGUUUCGCCUAUCAGUCAGCAGAGUAUCUGAUAGCAGUUCCCCCCUUCGCAUAUUUUCAUAGGACCAAAUAGUAGUGCUUUUCCCUAACAUAGUAUCAGCUAGACCUUUCGCCCUUUCAUAGUACCGCAAACUAUCAAUAGCAUUUUUUUAGGCGCCUCGAAAGUAGUACUCGUGGCCGUUGAAAUACUUUUACGAGCCAUGGUUCCUUCGCGGCAGUGUUCCGGCCGAGCGCUGCUACGACGAUGCUGCCUCGCGCUCAUUCUCUCGGCGCUCGCGCUCGCGCAUUCGCCCGCGGCGCUCGGCAAGCCCAAGGGCAAGAAUAAGAGAGAAGGCGUCGCGACCAUAGCCUACUAUUCCGCCAUCGCUCGCGGGACCACAACUAAGAGCAUAACGGCACUCGCUAUAGCGGAGAGCAUCCAGUUUCAGCUGACGGUGGGCGGCUCAAGGGAACCCCCCUUCAACGCCACGCUAUACCGCAACCCCUCCAUGCUGCCUGCUGCUGCGGCCGCCAAGGGCGACAAAGCCGUGGAGGCGCAGACGCUGGCAGGCAACGGAGCGUUCAGUUUCAGCUGACGGUGGGCGGCAGCGCCAGCCCCCCUUAUAACGUUUCUCUCUACCGCAACCCCUCGCUGCUGCCACCCACCGACGCCACGGACCGACCGGCUCAGGAGGGCCAAGUGCUGGCCGGCAGCAGCGGUACAGAGUGGUUGAAAGUGGUGCCAACAGUCUGGGAGACCUACGGGACGGUCCUCUGGGAGGACGGCACGGACACAAUGGCCAAGGAGCUGGCGCCACCUGGCAGGCCGCAGUUGGUGGGCGAGUACACGGUGGAGACCCUCGCUCCCUCGGGCUUCUCGGAUGAGAAGCCGGCGGUGGCCACUGCGAGCUUGGAGCGCGGCAACGCCAAGAGAUUCAGCAACCCCGGCCGUCUAGGCGUCCCCCUGGAGAAUCCUCUCUUUGGCGCGGCGUUGGUUGAUGCCAUGACUGGCGGCGCUUAUGUGAACGUGGCCUUUGAAAACAACCAGUACAACCUGUCCUUCGUGGUGGCAAUUGUGGACCCAGAGGAGGCCCCUCUGGCCCCGCUGCUGCGCAUCUACAACGACUCGCACGCCAUGCCGCCCCUGCCCCUCAACUGCGCCCGCGGCCGCUGGGCGUCCCCUCGAAUGGGCCUCUUCACGUGCAUAGGCUACCUCACUGUGGACGUCGCUGCAGGGUUGCAGUACCCCCCUGGCUACGAGCCCAGUGCUGAUGCUGGUGCCGGUGGUGGUGGCGGCAGUGGUGGUGGUGGGGGUGAGAAGAAGGGGGGUAAUGUUAAGUUCCUGCCAGGUGUUAUUGGUAUUGACUUUGGAAAUGGGAGGGGGAAGAAUAAUGGUGGAGGUGGGGGAGGCGCGUUAGGAGGAGCCUUUGCUGCUAUUGGGAAAAAGCUUGGAGGGUUGAAGGGCGGAGGGAAGAAGGGAGGGUCGGCUGGUAAGGGAGGGAAAGGUGGGAGCCAGAACCAGCCACAGACGAAAGUGGCUUCAGCAUCCUCUUUAAACACUGCCUCAUUAAGUGGCUCUGCAGCAGCAGUCCAGUCAAAGCAAACAAGUGGCACAACUCUAUCGAGUCAACUGAAGGACAAAGUGGGUGUUGCAGCCGACUCUCUGAAGAAUCUGGCCAAGAAGGGCGGGAAGAAGGGCGGAAAGGGCGGCAAGGGAGGGAAAGGCAGCGGCGACAGCAGCAACCAAAAGGGCGGAUCUAAGACAAGUGGAGCAGACUCAGUUGCAGGCCCAGACACAGGAACAGGUGCUGGGGGUGCUGGGGAAGGUACAGGUGACGACUCCGGGCGCGCCGAGAUGCCAUAUAUGGAGGCGAUGGCGUGCAUGCUGGAGUACGGCACGUCGGGCAGCGACUACUCUAAUUACUACGAGCUCAGUGUGUUCGGCGCCUCGCAGCUCGUGGGGUCGUCUCAGAGCCUGGAGCCCACCAUUAAUAUGUUCUAAGGGGGGCCCGCGGGGGACUGGAGUCACAGGAGGGGUGAGGGCCCACCAUUAAGCAUGUAUGUUUGUCAAGGGGCUUCAACUAACAUCUAGUGAGCGGAGGGCUUGCGGCGGCUUGGUGGCUUCAUCCUUGGUUGUUUUACAAGGGGUUUGUUGUAUCAUAUUCUGCGCGUUUCAUUUGAUUUUGACGAGGGGCAUUUGUUUGUGUCUGCGGGUUUGUAUUUGCACGUGAGCUGCUGAUGCAGAAGUGGGAGAGGACGGGGGAAAAUAGUAUAUUACAGUAUGGAGUUUAGUGGUACUAACUUUGUUCAAUAAUAGUGAAGGUACACUUGUAAACCAAGUGAUCAUAAUAAUAGUAG